AGAGAACAAGACCCUUCUUGAAGAGUGUUUAUGAUCAUUUACUGUUUGUGUCAUUCUACUUCAGACGAAAUUUCUCUUUCGUAUCGACUAGCAGUUUUGUAUUUGACUUCGUAGUCGUAUUAAAAAGUUUUAAUAUCUCUCCUCGUUCUUGUCCUACUACACCUUGAAAAAAUGGGCGUUUCGCGUGAGAGGAGCCGGUGUUUGCGAUCGGGACUCUCUUCGAUGCGUAAGAAAUCUUAAGGCUAUUAUUUUAAUUUUGAUUUCGAAGAGGAACAGGACUAUUGUACCAGAGGUUUAAUUUUGAUUUCAUCUUCGUCAUCACGAAGGUAGGGCACUAGAGAAACAGGAAGAUGAACACGGCUCAAGUGCCGCGUCAGGACUAUCCUGUAUUUGGGACGAUAUAGAAUUGAAAAGAAAAGCUUCUACAACCUCUAAGUAAAUUGAAAAGAAAAGCUUCUACAACCUCUAAAUACUCAAGCCACAUCAAUUCAUCUUCGCGUUGAUGUUGUUCUUGCUUCACCCUGCUGGACUAUCUGGAACAGGAAUUAGCGGCGUCGGCGUUUUGGCUGUGCGGGUAGGCGUUUUUGACCGUGGGGGUUCUGAUUUUAUUCCGGGUGACCCGCCUGCUGUAGUAGAAAAAUGCGUUAUUGACAUUGUGGGGAAAAGCGUUGCCACGACCACUCACGCUUGCUGUUCUGCUUGUUGGGUGACCGCAGCAAAUGCUUGCUCAUCAUGUGCGCAAACAGCAGUCAGUACUGCAAACGCAUGCAAAGACUCUGUAGUCGGAUGCUGCGGCGCUUGUAAGAAUGCCUGCGAUUCCUGUGCGCAAACAGCUGUUAAUAGCGCAAAUGCGUGCAAAGAAAGCGCACAAUGCUGCUAUGUCUUCACCGCAUCCACGCUCCGAGAUUGCGGCGCUUCUGCUGUUGGUGCCGGACGUGCCUGCUGCGCGAUUGCGGCCUCUGGGUCGCGCGCCUGUAUGGAGCAUGAGUCUGCAAAGGAGGUGGACGCUGUUUUUCGUGGCUGGUGGACGGACUGCUACAAGCGGAUACGCGAUGAAGAUCAAGGACUAGGAGACUCUGACGGAAAUUGGUGGUUCGAAAGACCGGAAAGCGACUGCGUGGGGCCUCAGGCGUUCCUCUGUUGCGCAGCAACGGUUGGCGUCCCUUUGUUUAAGUCAUCAACUGGACAGGUUUAAUAUAAAGUCAUCAACUGGACAGGUUUGAUAUAAACAUAGGUUAUUUCCAAUCAACUUGAACAUGCAAAUCAUCAUCAAUCUUCAAAGGAGCUUAUAUCUUCUUCACAUUUUUUACUUCAUCUCAUUACUAGUUCGUGGAAUAGGAUCCAUCCUUGUUCCAUCUGUCAAUUCAAUGGAUUAUAAGUAAGUAGAACUAUCCUCGUGAGCAGCUCCAAUGUGUGCACUGGUAGCGUGACAAGUUUGAUAAGCGGCGCUGCUGGUGUGGUUUUCCCAAAAUGCGCCAGUACUUCUUGCUGCUUCUGCUGCUCCGGGUGCAGCUGUCCCUCCUAUUGCCCGUGUAACCCGUGCGGCUUACCUUCGUGUUGCACCUUCAAUUGGGCACGUAGUUGCUUCCCUUUAUGCUGCAGUGCAAAGCCGCUGACGUUUGCCCAGCACUGCAGUCAAAUGAGUCAGGCUUGCCGUUGCGCAGCAUCUGGAGCGCAAUGCGUGUUCGGCUUCGCUCAAAACACGGAGACCGAUCAAAACACGCAUCAGAACACAGCGGAGGACACAGUACAUUAAGGGUCUAGCUUGUCAUCACUAUCGUCCCAUGUGGACUAUACUGAGUGAAAUCCCCCUGAUGUGAAGAGGAAAAUAAAGGGGGAAAAGCGCAGCUCACUCGACCAGGGAUAGUGAAAAACUACCUCUAAGCCCACUGGCAAAGAAGUACAGGAAGCUCAAGCUUGUUGAGUAUGCAAAGGCAGCACACGGCACCGCUUCAACAAGUUAUGAGGAUCCGCAACCAACCGAGAUGGGCAACUACGCCAGAGGAGCGACAACGGAGAGAGGACGUGGCAACUCGUUUCGCUGCAAUCCAAAUUGGAAGCGUUGCCUUGGAGACUGCUUCUCGUGUUAUGAUUCGUUGUGUCAGUAUCAGAUGAAAAAUAAUGACCUAGAUGCUACUGAUUCGGUGAUGUUGAAGUGAUUGAUUCUUCAGCAAGAACAAGUGCAAGAAAAAGUACUUCUCAUUAUCAUUUACUUCCUUCUUGUAGCUUUUGUAGUUGUACCUAGUCGUGCUUCUGCUCGUAGAGUUAGAAGUUCUACUAGCUCCUUAAUUUACGCGACAACCAACAAAAGAAAAAUUGAACAAUGGGAUGAAAAUGAAUACCGUUUGUGACCACUGAGACAGCCAUCCAAGCCCAUUUUCAUGAUUGCCGCAUGCUGUUGUAUUUUUGGAGAGACCUGUGCUACUGAGCAGGCAAAUUCGAAUUGCGUUCUCGGUUUGACCACAGCUAUGGCAGAAAUGUGUAUUUCUACGGCAACCGCCACAGUGGGCAUUACCGAAGUCUAUGGUCCAAAGUUGAAGCCUCCACACUUAAACACCGAAUAA